AUGUCGGUGUGUGGUCAAAGCGGUCACACGGAAGAGGAUAGCGCGUCGGAGGAGAUUGGCGUCCCAUUCCGGGACAAGACAUCUGAUAUUUACAACCAGAAGCCCGCUAGUAAAGUUGUACGGGUGCUGACUGUGCUAGCUUACCUGCUGUCAGUGUCCUUGGCUGCGAUCCUGCUAUCCGUGUACUACAUCUGCGUGUGGAAGUCACCUGAGCUACCUCUUAGUGAGCCUAUUGAGCUUAAUGCUCGCCGCGGGAAUCGCAGCGACUACGGAGAGGCUGACUAUGCUGGCAAACCAUUUUUCUUCAGUGCGAUGCUGCAGGAAUUAGAUCACACAUCCAACUCACUUCAACUUUUGAACCCCUGUGGAACGCCUCCGGCUAUACGUCAAUACUUGGAAUUGCUGCUGAGAAAACCCAAUAAAAAAAUACAUGUCCUGGUAAUUGAAUCCAAGACCUCACCUUUACAAAUAAACUGCCACCUAAUAUCAAGUGACUUUACACCGUUUUUCAUUAAAAUCCUAUAA